AUGCCAUCAAAACUUGAUGUCCACGUUGUAAUGAUCGUUGGAAAGUACUUCAAUUUUGAAGAGGACUACCUCAACCUGAUUUCGACAAAUUCAAAAUUCAAAGACGUGCUCGAUAGAUAUCACUACAACCCAAUCUCUUCACUUCGCUUAUUCAAAAACGUUGAAACGCAAUAUUUAUAUAAAUACAACGACCAACCCGUCGAUGGAAUGUUCCAAUACAAAGUGUGUUAUCGCGUGACGUACAAAAUGGCGAAUGCGAUUUUGAAAGCGCACCCAAACACCACAUUCAGAGAAACAGUACUCACUAAUAACAAUAUUUUAAAGUGGAAAAAAGACCACCCGGAGUGUGUUGUCUCGAAUAGAAACGAUUAUAGUGUAUUAGUUUCUAUUGACGUUCCAAAGUGUUGUAAUGUGUUGGACACCAAUUGUUUUGCGAAGUGUUAUGAGUUGACUGCAAUCACUUUGCCUUCAAUCGUGAAAUCGAUUUUUGACAGUGGGUUGGAUUGCUGCACCAAAUUAGAAAGAAUAUUUAUCGAGAGGUGUGCCUCUUGCGAUAUCGCCGUUCCAUUCUGGAUGGCCAACUUGAUCAACAAAAGUGGGUGCUUUUGUUCAAACAUCUACUUCUCAAAGAACGACGUCACGUAUUACAAACAAAGUCACCCAGAAGACGUUGAAAACGAUGCACUCAGACGACUGAAUAUCCCCGACGUGUGUAAUGCAAUUGGACAGAAAUGCUUUUUACAGUGUAAACAAUUAACUGCUGUUACUCUUCCAACUAAACUCUCGUCCAUCGAACCUGACGCGUUUGGACGAAUGUGUUCUAUUAAGAAAAUUGCGUUUUUCCAGAAUACAUGUGAAUGUAAAGUUCCAUUUUGGGUGUCGAGACUACUUGAGAAGGACGGUGUUAAGUGCUCGAAAGUGGCGUUUACAUUGAACGAUGUCGACGUGUGGAAAAUUGAACACCCCGGAGACUUGGAAGGAGAGAACAUCACUCGAAUAGAACUUCCUUCGAAAUGUGUUGAGAUUUGUGAGUACGCGUUCUCAUGUUGUGAUUUGCAUUCGAUUGAAAUCCCAGCGAAUGUGUCAUCCAUUGGGACUUUAGCUUUUGAAGGAAACCCCCAUCUCACGAAGGUUGUGUUAGAUUCCAAAAUUGAAUCGAUUGAAUUUGAUUGUUUCUCUGGAUGUAAAGAAUUGGAAACAAUUGAAGUGAAGAAUUGUGAGACGUUUGAUGUGCGAGUCCCUUACUUUGUUGCAAAGUUAAUACACAACGUCAAAUGUACGAACGUCGUGUUUGCCUUUUGCGACGACAAAAAAUGGAAAAUGGACCACGCGGAAGACGUCGUUCACGGAAGUGCAAAUGCGUUGUGUCGGAUCGCCGUUCCUGAGAUAUGUAACGAAAUUGGUGCAUUUGCUUUUGAAGGAAACCGGUCAUUAACAUCAGUGACAUUGCCGACUACAAUCACUUCAAUAGGAUAUGGUUCCUUCUGGAAUUGUGAUUUUCUCACAGCGAUUGAGAUACCCGAGGCAUGUGAGUAUCUUGCUCAUAAUGCGUUUUGUAAUUGUUUCCAUUUAUGCCGUGUUGUGCUUCCAAAAUACACAAAGGUGUCACCUACCGCUUUUGCGAAUUGCCAAUUUAUCCCCCCAAAAGAACAGCCAACAUACUGGUAG